AUGGAGAUCGUUCCAUCUUCAAGUCGAUUCAAGCUCUACGAUCAAUUUGAGCUUCUGGAGUUUCCUGAUAUGUACGUCGUCAAACCCGUCGAAUCGCCCCACGAAGGCUUCUCCGUCGAUCGGCGCGAUGGCAACAUCAAACCUCUUGAUGAAAACACAUGUUCUGGAAAUGCUUCCAAAGUCUCUACUAUCUAUGGCGUCGGAGGAACUAUUAGGCUCUUAGCAGGGACAUACUUGCUCGUUAUAACGUCUCGGGAGGAAAUGGGGACUUUCCUCGGGUUUCCAAUUUUUCGAGUCGCGGCUAUGAAAUUUCUACCUUGCAAUGAGGCUAUGAGGUUUGCUACUUCUCAAGAAAAAAAGGACGAAACAUAUUUUAGGACUCUGCUACAGUCACUUGAAUCAACCCCAGGAUUAUAUUUUUCAUAUGAAACAGAUUUAACAGUCAACUUGCAAAGAAGGUGCAAGCUAGCUGAAGGUUGGACGCGUAAGCCCAUUUGGAAGCAGGCUGACCCUCGAUUUGUUUGGAAUUGGCAUCUUUUGGAGGAAUUGAUUGAAUGCAAACUCAAGAAUUCUCCUGCUGUGAUAUCGUUAAUUUCCAGGCGCUGUACACGGCGUCUAGGUACACGUAUGUGGAGAAGAGGAGCCAAUCUUGAGGGGGACGUUGCUAAUUUUGUCGAAUCUGAACAAAUAGUGGAGAUUAAUGGUUUCAAGUUCUCAUUAUUGCAGGUUCGAGGUUCCAUUCCACUUCUUUGGGAGCAGAUCGUUGAUUUGAGCUAUAAGCCACGGGUUAAGAUAAAUAAGCAUGAAGACACGCCGAAGGUUGUGCAGCGCCAUUUCCAUGAUCUUUGCCAAAGAUAUGGAGAAAUUAUGGCAGUUGACCUAACAGAUCAGCAUGGAGACGAAGGUGAAUUAAGCAAAGCAUACGCCACUGAAAUGGAGAGACUUCCAAAUGUGAGAUAUGUCUCCUUUGACUUUCAUAACAUCUGUGGAACUACAAACUUCGACAACUUGGGGGUACUGUAUGAACAGAUUGGGGAUGAAUUUGAAAAGCAAGGAUAUUUCCUUGUAGACGCAGACGAGAACAUCCUAGAAGAGCAGAAAGGAGUUAUCAGAUCUAACUGCAUCGACUGUCUUGACCGCACAAAUGUGACCCAGAAUUACAUGGCCCAAAAAUCACUGAAUCUACAACUGCAAAGGAUCGGAGUGUUCGAUUCCACAGAGUGUGUAUCCACGUUUGAAGAUGAUUACACAAAGUUCAGAACCAUUUGGGCUGAGCAAGGGGACGAGAUUAGCUUGCAAUACGCCGGGACCUAUGCUCUUAAGGGCGACCUUGUCAGGUACGGGAAGCAGACAGUGUUUGGAGCAAUCAAAGAUGGCAUGAGUGCCAUGUCGAGAUACUAUCUUAAUAACUUCCAGGAUGGUGUGAGGCAGGCAAGUUUCUCUUACAAGAUUAGAGUCGAGGAUGCUUUGGAUCUCAUAAGUGGUCGCUACACAGUGGGCACAAACAGCCCUUCACAACUCCAGCCUAUUGGAUCACAACCGUCCUUUCUGCCGGUAGCAUCCGCAUUGUUGAUUGGUGGUGUAACAGUGACAUCUUUCACAAUUCAUCAAGCGGGAAGAAACACGCAGCAGUAUCUUGCGUCGGCGUUGUGGGCAGGAGUGACUGCAGGAGUCGCGGCGAUGAUCAAGGCCAAUGGAAGGCAUUUGUGUUCAAGGCCUCGUCUUUGCCAUCUCAUUUGA